AUGGGGAAUCCCCGUGGUACUUGUCAUUGUCGAGGGUGGCCACAACAUUUUUGCAGAGGCGCAGAGCAGCGUCACACAACACGUACCUCUGCUGGCCUGCACCGGCACUGGCAGAGCGGCCGACAUCCUCAGCUUCGCGUUUUCAUGUCGCCUGCGCCAGUUUGCGCUGUGAUGAAGAACUGAGAGCCCGGCGUGUCUGCAAAGGGCGCGAGGUUCGAGUUCGCCUCUGCCGACCGGCAGAAACUGUUGGCAUGGUUGUCGAACGCCGACGUCUCCGGCGAUCGAGCCUCGAGCGCGUUCGAGGCGAUUGUGGAGAUCGUGCAGGACGCCAAUCUGAUCAACUCAUUUGACCUGACAGCCGCGCUCGAUCUGGACACCGCGAUCCUGUACGCGCUGAUCAAGACGUCGGCGGAGGUCGAGCAGCAGUUGGAGAUUGCGCUCUCCUGGAACCGAUCGGACAUCGCGAGGACGCGCAUCUUCGCCAAAAAGGUCGUAUUGCAGUCA